CCCAGCCCGGAGCGGCCUCCGGGGAUGAGCGGGCUGCGGCGGCUGUUCCGCGGUAGCGGGCGAGCGCUGGCGUUCGUCUUCGCCGCCUCCGUCGUCUGGCUGCUCCUCGACAUGGCCGCGCUCCGCCUCUCCCUCGGCGACGCCGGCGGGCGGCUGCUGAAGGAGGCAGCGGACCGCGGGCAGGAGCAAGCGCGCCCGUGGCGGGGUCCCGAAGCGUGGGCGGGCAGCAGCCAGGCCGAUCUCCCUGGGCUCCGCCGCGGGCGACGCCGGGGCGUAGGGACGCCGGGCUCCCGGGCAGCUCGCCGGGAGCCUCUCCGGACGCCGAGUCCCCCGGCCUCCGUCGCCGGGACCAGAGGGCGGCACGUCGAGGGGGACCCCGCCGCUCCCCCAGGGACCAGGCCCACCCCGCCGGGGUCGGUUGUAAACUUGAGGGGCGAUGCAGGGGUCGUAGCGGCACCGGCAGCGAGCAGACCCCCGUCGAAGGCAGCGGCGGAGUUCGUAGUGGAGCCCACCGGGAGCAGAGCCGGGUCGCUUAAGGCAUCACCGUCCCAGCCAGGCUCCCCCGACAAGCCGCAUUUUCCUGACCUGCCUGGCGCGGGGCUCUCCGAGCCUGCACGGCGGGUCGGGGUCAGGGGGCCGGCGGUGCGGGGGCCCGGGCAUGCCACCGAACCGAGUCGGCAGCAGCCCGCGGGCACGCUGAUGAAGGGCGGCCUGCCACCUCGGUCAGCGGAGCUGGGAGCCCUGACUGGGCGGGAGCGAGUGAAAGUGGGAAAAAAAGAAACUUCCUCCGAAAACCACUUCAUCCUUCUUGGCAAAGAGGGGAUAAAACUGGACAGCCCAGCAGCCUCACGCCUGGGGUCUGACUCUGCGAGGAACAUCACAGAGAGACAAGAAACACACAAAGAGUGGCAACUUGCUAAUGAAAAUGGGGACAGCACCCAUGCUGUGAACACCACCACUGGGGCUGCAGCACUGGGUAGCUGGACACAGGGUGCAACGCAAGGAGCAGCUCCCAAGGUGCGUGCCACUGGCAAGGAUGGACAGGAACAGAUGGGCACCAGCAGCCCGGGGACUCACAGGGUCUUGUCCAUGGAUGCAACACUUGCCCCAAGAGACCCGCAAGCUCCUGGCCAGUUUGGACACCCUGUUUCAGUCCCUGAUGACAAACAAGAAGAAGCAAAAAGUAGAUGGAAAGAAGGAAACUUUAAUGUCUACCUCAGCGAUUUGAUUCCUGUAGACCGAGCCAUAGUGGACACCAGGCCUGCUGGGUGCUCUGACCAGCAUGUUCAUGAUGACCUCCCAAACACCAGCAUCAUCAUGUGCUUUGUGGAUGAAGUAUGGUCCACCCUCCUCCGCUCAGUUCACAGCAUUCUCAGCAGGUCUCCUCCUCACCUGAUUGAAGAAGUCAUUUUGGUGGACGACUUCAGCACUAAAAAGUACCUCAAGGAGAAGCUGGACAAAUACAUGUCGCGGUUCCCAAAAGUGAAGAUUCUCCAUCUCAAGGAGAGGCAUGGUCUAAUACGGGCCAGACUGGCAGGAGCAGAGAUUGCCAAAGGCACCAUCCUGACGUUCCUGGACUCACAUGUGGAGUGCAAUGUGGGGUGGCUGGAGCCACUGCUGGAGAGGGUCCGCCUGAGCCGGACCAAGGUCGCCUGUCCUGUCAUCGAGGUCAUCAGCGACAAGGACAUGAGUUACAUGACCGUGGACAACUUUCAGCGUGGGAUCUUUACUUGGCCAAUGAAUUUUGGAUGGAAGCAGAUUCCGCAAGAGAUCAUUGAGAAAAAUAAAAUCAAGGAAACUGAUAUAAUAAGGUGCCCGGUCAUGGCAGGUGGCCUGUUCUCCAUCGAUAAGAAGUACUUUUUUGAGCUGGGAAUGUAUGACCCAGGGCUGGAUGUCUGGGGAGGUGAAAAUAUGGAGAUUUCGUUCAAGGUCUGGAUGUGUGGAGGAGAGAUUGAGAUUGUUCCAUGCUCCAGAGUUGGACACAUUUUCAGGAACGACAAUCCUUAUUCCUUCCCAAAAGAUCGUGUGAGAACAGUGGAGAGGAACUUGGCCCGCGUUGCAGAGGUCUGGCUGGAUGAGUACAAGGAGUUAUUCUAUGGCCAUGCUUACCAUCUAAUCUUGAAAAACGUGGAUGUCGGUGACCUCACUCAACAAAUCCAACUGCGAAAGAAGCUUCAGUGCAAAAGUUUCCAGUGGUACCUGGAGAAUGUCUACCCAGACCUGGAAGCACCCCUGGUUAAAGCCAGUGGUCUGCCAUUGCAGUCUGCCAGUGCCAUGGCAGGAGCAACACUUGCUUGAGAGGAGGUGGCCAGAAGCCGGUGACCACAGGUCUGGCAUGGCUGGGGCAGUGAGAACAAGAACGGCCUGUCCCCUCCGUCCCUGCCAAGGCGCACAGUUACUGCACCAGCCCUUCUGGGAGCCAGGAAAUAGCACAUCAACCAUUCAGCUGUGUUUCAGGCUUGUUUAUGGGCCAAGGGCUUAAUGUGAAGGUUCACUGUCACAGGGAGCCCUAGGGAUCAGGUCAGGCUCUCUGCCAGCUGCAGUGUGUUGCUUUAAUGAUCAAGCCAUGAAGGUGUGUGAGGGUAGCUCUGCAGAGAGCAUGGGGAGGGAUGCAGUGCUUCCUCUGGUGACCUCUCAGCUCUCACAGAAAAGCUGUAGGAAACUGCUGGUUUGGGGCGCUUCAGCAGAUUAUGAGCAGUGCAUCCAUUCAGACGCAUCCAUCCAUCUCAGUGUGACAGUGGCUGCAAGCAGAAGAGCCAAGGGCUGUCUCUCUGGCUCCAAAACUUGUAUGUCCAAAAGCCCAUGUCCCUGCAUUUUUCAGAAAGCACUGUUUGGAUUAGACUGAAGGAUUCAGUGAAACAUGGGCUUAAGUGACAUUUUUGAAAAAGAAUUAGCAGUCAUAAUCUGAGAACAUAACCCCACCCCCCCCCAAUU